GAAUAGAGGUACCGCAAGGUGGCAGGACAGCGCUGUAAAUCCGCAGAGGUCCUCGUGAAACACACAGCAGCCACUCAAUUGGUUCAUCGCUUGCAUAUCUCAGUAAACAGGAAGUGUGUACCGGGAUGCUUUCAUAAAAGAUAUGUCAGGUAGUUUUUCGCCAGAUCGAUGACAUUAAAGAAGGGUGACUGAAACGCACAUAUGAAAAAUAGUUGUAACGAGCACUUGUGUUAAUCAAUAUGAAGCUGCCUAGCUUGAAAAAAGCAAACAUUUUGUUUGUUACAUGUGGCAGUGUUUGAUUUCUCCUAAGAGAAUUUAUUUGAUGUAGCUUUAACACUGUGGUCAUUUAUCAUUGUGGAUGUGGAGUGUACGAAACACUUUCAGGGCUCGUUCUGUUGGGACUUGAAUGCGUACCUUCAGAUUAUCAAAUAUAAAUUGGAUAUGAGGGUGGGGUACCAUUUUUGUAUUUAACUUGAUCUGUAAAGGAAGCCCCAUCACAUAACACCCCCACACACCAUCGAAUUUGCUAACAUGGACUCAGAAUGAAGAACUGUAAUUUUAGAUACUGAGCUGACCUUUUAAGUUCAUGGGAGAGAAAUGUCUCCACCAGCCGUUUCUAGCGUCCCGUACACACUACUGGCGACUGGCGAAGGGUUGGGAAUGAGCGACUUCUGGCUAUACGGUUGGUUGCGUCGGGCGGCAGCAAUGAUCGCCCACCUUGUCGUGAUCGCUUUUACGGUUUUUUUGUUGGUGAUGUCAAGGCCAGGAAGCAGCUUGUUUUCUUGGCAUCCUGUCUGCAUGUCAUUAGCGUUCUGCUUGGGAAUGACCGAAGGCAUCUUGCUGUUUUCUCACGAGAGCUCACCACUGUGCCUUUGGUCCCACAAGACAAAAGUCCGAUUGCACUGGAUUCUGCAAGCUUUGGUGUUAACUGCUGCCAUCACUGGACUUGUUCUUAUUGUUUCCAACAAAAACCUAACAGAGCAACCACAUUUGGUUUCAUGGCAUAGUGUUCUUGGGAUAGUGACCCUAGCUGCCACCUGUGGCCAGGGUCUUUAUGGACUUCUUUUACUUUUCCCGGGACUGAUUAAGAACUGCUCAGCUGCACGUCUAAAGCUAUACCAUGCCACUUCUGGACUACUGUGUUACAUGCUUGCCACAGUUACUGUUGUUUUAGCAAUGUAUUCUGGUUGGUUCCAGGCCCAGAUAAAUGGGACUGCUUGGUACAUCUGUGUGGUUGCACCAUUUUAUCCAGCUCUGGUUGUCAUGAACCAAAUAACAAGUGCUUACUUACCAAGAAGAAAGGUGGAUAUCUAAUAUUUUCCUUAUAAUGAAAGCACUGUAUUCUCAGUUGUAUAUUGUGAUGUAUGAACUGUGUUUGGUUGCACUUUUUAUUACUCAACAAAGAAGACAGUUAAGUGCCUUGCAGUAGUAUAUCAGGGUAUUAUCUCAAGGGAACCUUCAUUACACACAUGCAGCGAGUGUUACUUAGGUGGACAGCCAACCUGGCAGGAAAGAAGCCUUCUUGCAGCUUAUGCUAAGAGUGUGACUAAAAUGUAACCAAUUAUUUGCACACUUUUUUCAGCUUACAUAAAACAGCUGUCUGUGUGAGAGCCUUUUGUAUUGUAUGCAGCUCAAUAACCAAAGAUGAGUUACUCCAUCUCCUUCCACUAAUAGUUUACCACCAUUUUCAAUGCCUUUUUGUCCCUGCUGCAUUCAUGUCCUGUAUGUUCUAAUCUCUGAUGGCCUUCUUCACUGUUACUUUUAAAAGUGAAUCAUUGUCACCUUUGUUCUCAUGUCUGUUCACACAGUAGUCUGACAAACCCUUAGGUACCUGCAUUGGAUACUCUUAGUCUCAGUUUGCAUACUGUAUGCCCCUAGUCAUGGUGUUUAUCUUCAUUUGUUAUUGCGUGCUCUUCAUUGCUACUUUACCUCUUUCAUUCCUGUGUUUUGAAUUCUCAUUGUUGAUGCCUUUUUCUUGUUUUCAUUUUUUUAAACCAGAUACAUUAUGUAUGUAUCAAGAUAGAAUUAACUUUAGGGAUACCAAGUGUGAGCUGCAACAACUGAGGUAAUCGAAUGCUGGCUGCCUUAUUCUAGUUUAUUUAGGUAUUUUUUUAAUUGUGUACCAUGGAGUUAGUGCUGUCUCCUCUGGUGUUUUUUGUUUAAAAAAAUCUUACUUUGUUGUAAAUCUUAAAAUCAGGUUAAAGGAGAGAGAGAAGCAUAUUUGCACACUCUGGCAGAGUCCAUGAAUACUUGCCUUCUUCCAGCUGCAGACGUACUUCAAGUGAAAAUAGAGAAACAACACCUUAUAGUAGUGAAUGGAAGAAAGAUUGUAAAUUAAAACUGAAAGGAAAACAUUCUGCUGUCAAGUAAAUGACUGCAUUAGUAAAUGCAAAUAUUUUAUUAUGUAUAUUGUAUGGAUUGGAUGAUAUUUCUGUUGCGUAUGCUACAAAUGGCUAGAAAAUGUAUGUGAGUAUGUUUUUAAGUUAAACAUCAAAACAUUUCUGUUUUUCAUGACACUGUUGAAUCUGAAGGUGUUUUUUUAUCUGUCACACAGAACAGAUGCCUGUCACUCUCAUCAGGCAUUGUUAUAUGCUGCCUUUUGCCUUGUGUGAUGUUCAUUCAUUAUGAUAGGCUGGGCAACAGACUUCCAUGCUUAUUGCUUUUCAUGUAUGUAAACCCAAAAGAUGAGCAGUUAUAGUGAAAUGCAAAAUUUGGAGGCAGGAGAUGCAGUAUUGGGCUUCAGGUAAAUACUAAGCUACUGUAAAACUAAAAUACUAAAGCUGGACCUUUGGAAAAGGUUAAAAUUGUAGCUUGUAGGAGUAUUGCAGUUUGCAUGUUGCAGAAUCUGAAAUGGAGGUUGGCAUGAACUAUGUAGUACUAUGCUUGAUCAGUGUAAACAACAACAUAAAGCAGCAAGCCUUAUGAUAGUGGGCUGUGACUUUCACAAAUUGUAGCUCAUCAUCUACUCUUUAUGCCUUUAUUACGUGACAGCAGUGUAGGGCUUAUGCAUGUCUGGGACCUUUUUUAAAAAACAGUUUAAGUAAUGCAGUUUUUGAAAAGACACUAGUGAAGGGAAGGUAAAGGAGUGAUUUAUGUGUUACAUACAAGUGACAAUAUAAAGUAGAUUCCACUCAUGGUUUCUCUGUGAAAGUGUUUCUAUGGUGACUGGGAAUUAGGAAAUUGAGUAACUGAUGUCAUUGGUCCAUCUUUAUUGCUGUUUGUCGCUCGUUGAUUAAGCUAGAAUAUUAUGAUGGAAUAGUGGAUUUUCUUUACCUCAUGAAACUUCAAGAAGGAUGUAGUAGAGCUGUCUGAGAAUUUGCCAGAUUUUAUUUUUUCAUAAUCUUGCAAGGGAUGUCUGUAAGUUAGUAGGCUCAGAGAAGCAUCUUUUUGUACUUCUGUAACUGGAGUUUGGUAGAACUUGUAUUUGACACAUUUUGUUAUACUUAACCAUGUAGAUAUUUAUCAGUGUAUGCAAAAAAUGUAUCUGCUGUGGUGCUGCCUUGUGAAGUUAUAGUUAACAGAUUGUGAAAAGGUCUGUACUGUAGCCUCUUAGUUCUUGACAAAAUACUCAUAGUGAUAUAAAAUGUCAUUGAAAUAUGAAUUAUAUGUGGUGGCUACAUUAAUUGUACUUGUCUCACUUUUUGUUUUACUUAAUUCAGAGCAAACUUAUAGUUUGUCUUUUAUCCCUUAUUUUCAAGGGCUACCUUUGUAGUCAUAUGGUAUCUUUGGUCAAAACUAAAGUUGUAUUAGAAUUACAAAUUGGACAUAGAAAAUGAUUUUCACUUUUAGACUGCAAAGUUAAGGUUGCUAACAGUUGUUUCUCUGAAAAUCAAGGGUUGUAUAUUUAUUUAAAAAAACUGUUCUUAUUAUUAUUUGUUUUGCUGCUUGGUUACUGAGCAUGCAACAGUUAAAAGGUUGCUGUUAGCAGGUUUGAUCUCUUUUAUUGUUGUAAAAUUGGUGUAGAUGUCACACCCCUUUUGAGUUACCAAACUGCUUUAUGAAAGAACUCUUUUAUUGUUGUACAGACAAAGAAAAUGGAUUACAUUUCUGUGUAUAAUUAUUUAUGCUGUUAUUGUUAUUGCAUCAUACAUUCCUUGCAAGUGCUGUCACAGAAUGCAAUGAAUGUUGCUAACAAAACUGUAAAGGAGCAUAUGGUAAGCAGGGUACAGAGUCCAAUCCACGGGUGCCUUGGCUAGUGUGUGUGUGUGUUUGUGUGUGUGCACGCAAUCUGUACUUUAGUGUAAAGAAACACCUGGUUUGCCUUGUUUUGCCUUUCUUUUUCUAUUAAUAGCAGAAAGAAGAGAUCAUUGUCAGAAAGUGUUGUGGUUGGAAUACUAGAUUUGUGUGUCAGGAAGUGAACUAAUGUGCCUGCUGUACUAGGAGGUAUUAAUGUGGGCCUUAUGUAAUAACUGUAAGUAAAAUAUGACCACAGAGUUCAGCGAGUAAUGAUAAAUAAAGGCUAUACUGAAAAAAAUAGUGGAGUGAGGUACCACAGUAUCCAGAAUUUACACAGUUCCACCUUUGACCUCAAGUCUAGCUAACAUUAUAGUUAACUGUAAGAAGUAUGUUCUUUGCAGAUAAUGUAGAGAUCUGAUAUGCAGUAUGAUUAGUACAUACAGUAGGAUGGGAUUGGUAGAAGACGUCUUUGCAAAUGGCUAACAGUGCAGUACAUCUCUGUAAGAUAAUGGCGGGAGGGGGUAUUAUAUAAUUGGAUCAGUCAGUUUUUAUUUGCAUUUUUGGGGACUAGGUAUGUAAUAUUGCAUGUUAAAACUAUAAAAUUAGCAAAACAUCAGACAUUACAAUUAAAGAUGCAUAGCUUAUAGUAUAGGAGGGUUGCACAGUAGUUUAGAAUGGCAUAUGAAUAGCAAGGAGUUUUUCACAUUACUGCUGAGCUGUCUUCCAUCUUCAAAUGGAGUCAGAAUGGUUCUAUAAAGAAAUAGUCAAAAUGGCAAUAAUAUAGAGAAUCUGGGGUAUUCUCCUGGGGUGAUCUGUAGGAUGAUAGGCCACAUGGGAAGGCAGUAUGGAAUGUAGGUGAGAGAAGAGCACAAGAGAUGUAAUUUUGAGAUUAGAGUAUCACCAGUAGAAAAAUUAAUUUUAAUUUUUAAUUAAAGUUCUUAAAGCAUUGUAUAGAGUACCACAUACAGUUCUAGAGCUGAAUCUCCGCAAAGAAUUAUGCUAGAGGCUUCAUCAAGGGAGGUGUCAAAAUAGUAUGAGAUCUACUUUGUCUACUAGUGGCCAUGUAAAGGAACAACUGUAGGAUUGCAGUAGGUCUGCUUUGGAAGAGAGGGGGCACCGUAGCAGAAAUUUUCUAUUAAUUCAGGGGAGGUAAAUUUAAUCAAGUUAGAACCUUUUGUAAGAUGCAGACGUGUGCUCACCAUUUGAAGAUGGAAGACAGUUCAGCAGUAAUGUGAAAACUCCUUUUCCAAAAAGUGGGGCUGUGGAACAGUCCUCCUAGGGAAGCCAUAAGAUUGCAUUAGACUGUCAUGAAAUUACUUAUUUUGGGGACGGCUUUAGGAAGAAGUUAGAUAUUAGAUAAGUAGGAACAGCAGUUUAUCCAUUAAGGAUAAGCAGUCGUCAUCUCCUAAUAGAUUUGGUUGUGUGUAUACCCCAUAUGUGAAGAAGCUUUGCAGUAGUCCUUAUGUACUCACAAAAAGGUGUAGCCUUGGUCUGUAAGCAUUAAGGUGUAAUUCUGAUGGUAAGCACAUCCACUGGGAGGUUUGGAAUAUGUCAUUUGUCACUCAAAUCCCCGUUUGAAUGCUUGAAAUGUGUACAAAUACUGACUUUUGCAUGACAUUUUUUUGUAGUGUUUAACAUCUAUGUGAUUAAGGAGGGUGCUGUAAGGUUUGUAAGCCAUAUUUAUUUUUCUGUUUUUGAUUUGGGGUCCCACAAUUUUUUCCCCUUGAAAAUUUGCAGAUACUAUCCAUCGAACAUUGUUUGAUGACCCACUUGUCCUCAAGUUUUGUGUGUUGUGUACCAAGUUUGUAAGCAAUUUGUAAAUACAGUAUAAUGUUAUUAUUAUUUUAUUAUUAUAUUAUUUUAUUACUAUA